AGUGUAUUUCUACAUGAAAAUACAAAGUAAUAAAACUGGUAUCAACUGCCUGUGUCACAAUUACGAUGCAGGUAAUAGCUGUAUUGUCACGUGACUGCCGUAAACAAUCGAGCCACCGACAUUUGUAAACACCGACAGACCGUAAGAGGUUAUAUGUGACGUCCUCAUCGCAAUCAAGUCUAGUCCUCUUGUGAACCAGCAUGUAUCCGUGUUCAUGUGACACUUUUGUGGCUCUUCCCCCCUCCACUGAGGGACAGCGCAUCAUUUUUGGAAAGAAUUCCGACAGGCCAUGUGAUGAAGUCCAAGAAGUGCUCUAUUUCCCUGCUGCUGACUAUGAGCCAGGGUCAAAGGUCGAGUGUACUUACAUGGAGAUCGAGCAAGUUGCCCACACAUACGCAAUUGUUUUGAGCAGACCAGCGUGGCUGUGGGGUGCAGAAAUGGGUGCAAAUGAGCACCAAGUUUGUAUUGGGAAUGAGGCUGUGUGGGGAAGAGAGAGUGCUGAUGGUGAGGAGGCUCUGCUUGGCAUGGAUCUUGUCAGGCUCGCACUUGAGAGAGCCGACACUGCUGAGAAAAGUGUGCACGUCAUAGCCGAGCUUUUGGAAAAAUAUGGCCAAGGAGGGGGUUGCUUAGAAGAACAAUGUGAUUUCACUUACCACAACAGCUUCCUGAUCUCGGACCGGAAGGAGGCUUGGGUGCUGGAGACCUCCGCCAAGUAUUGGGCUGCAGAAAGAGUGGAAGGUGGAUAUCGCAAUAUCUCAAAUGAGUACAACAUCACAACCAAAAUUGACAGAGAACAUCCUGACCUGCGCAAGUAUGCACAAAGCAAAGGCUGGUGGGACGGAAAGGCUUCGUUCAACUUUGCUGCCAUCUACUCCUACAUGAACACGGCCAGGAUUGAAGCACCCGGCAGUCGAUACUGUGAAGGAAAGAAUCUGCUGCGAAAGAGUAACGGGCACAUCACCGCUCAGACGAUGAUGGACAUCCUGAGGGACAAAGACAGCGGCAUCAAUAUGGAGGGCAUGUUCAUGACAACAGCCAGUAUGGUGUCGGUGGUACCUGUGGAUCCCACUCUGCCGGGGGUUCACUAUUUCACUGCCACUCCGGACCCUGAAAGGUCGGUGUUCAAACCCUUCGUCUUUGUGGAAAACAUGCGAGUGGAGCUAAAGGAGACCACUUCUCCCAGUUACGGCUCGGAAGACCCAGUCAAGAAGAAGCCUCGCUUCCAAAGCAAGCCUGACAGAAAGCACAGCUUGUUCACCAAACACGAGGUGGCGGCGGCCAUCAUUGAAACGCACAAGGAGCGGGGAGAGCGGAUCACACUUGGUAUGAGGAAGUUGGAAGGUGAGAGAAUGAAACAGAUGGAGGAGAUUCUUUAUCGCGGCGUCGAGCAGCCCGAGACUUUGCUGGAUUUGUUCCCUAGCGUUGUGAGGGAUGAGAUGGAGCUCUACGGCAAAGGCUCCAAAGUCCAGUGAUCAAUAGAAAGCACAUCAAAGUGAUAUACUCCACACAGUAAUUGUCAGUAGCAUUAUCUGCAGAUUUAUUCAAAACAAUCCAUAAAUAAGCAGCACUGUACAAAAUGUGUCAUAAUUGCAUAUAAUUAUUUAUAAAUAUUUACUUAAUGUGAAUACAGUUCUUAGCUUGCAAUAAGAUUCCACCUGAGCAAAAAUGAAAUUUAUUUUCCUGCCGUUUA